AGCUCAGACGUUACAAGCUUGCCGAUCAGUGAAGACGAUCGGUCGUGCUAACAAACAAGAACCAACCGAAUUUUGUACGCAAAUGCAAAUUGUUUAAGAUGUGGAAAUUUUUCAUCAUUUGUGUCGUAAUGAGUGCAUUGAAUAAUGAAGGUGACGCCGCGUCAAGCCGUACUCCCUCUCGCCGUCGUCGCGGCUAUUCUGGAAGCUACUCGGGAAGCCAUGCCAAUAGCAAUGGUGCCGUAGGUGGCUACACUGGUGGCUACAAUGACUAUGAUGAUUAUGAUUAUGGUGGUGGCAGCUAUGCACCACAAUUUGGCAUUACGGAUCCCUAUCUGUUCCAUCAACAGCUGACGAAUCAGAUUCUGGCCCAGCACUAUGCACAACAACAAGCUAUAACGGGUCUGGCCACCUCUGGCGAUGCUUCUGCAUACGCGGAUGCAACAUUAAGCAACGAUGACACUCGCAUCCAGCAACAGGUUGCCGCCCACCGGCCGGCUUACCAUAAUAGAAACCAUGGUGUUCACUAUGGCGGCAGUGGAUCUUCCAACUCGCACCGCUAUGCUCCCAGUUAUGCAGCAGCCUCCGGCUCAAUUGGAUCCAAUGGACAUAGACAGACGGCCUACAUAAGUCCUGCCAAUCCGGCCACGCCCAAUAUUGUUAAUCGCUUUGGCGCAAGUUCCAGCUCUGGUGGUGGUGGUGGCGGUGGCGGUGGUUACAAGGGCGUCUCUGUGAGCUCCUUUAGCACCAGCAAUGGUGAUGGAACCAGUCGACGUGGUGCUCAGACCACCAUUAAUGACAAUGGUAAAGUGACGUCAUAUUCCGUGCACUCCUAGAGCCGAUUUCCCUUCCCGGAUUUCCUCAACUUUAUUUUUGGUGUUUAGCAUAUUAUAAACUGUUCGAAAAAAACCUAAUGAAAUUCUAUUUAUGUCGCGCACAAAUAUUUACAUAUUAUAUAUCUUUAUUUAAAUAUACACUAUCUGCACGA